AUGCCGACAAAGCUCAGCCCCAGCAGCUCUGUCUACCCGUACGAGGAUGUCACAGCCUUGCUCGAUACCGCCACCAAAGAUAUGGAGGUCGGUCAAUUGAUACAAGUGCCGUCCUUCAGCUUGUUCGACGCCAUGUGCGCCAUUGUGAUCAUGGACCCCAAGAUGGAUACAGGAAUGGUCAUGGACGACAUUGCAUCCCGCCCCGUCUUCAACAUCAACAUGCGCGUGACGCCUACAGAGUUUAUCUGGAUCUUUGACAACAUCUUGAUCGGACAGAUGACAUGGUUAUCAGGACACGCACUCUCGCAGACGCUAUUCACCAGCUGUCACAUCCUACGCCUCCUGGAAAUCAACGAAUACGACGAUUACGAGGGACCUUCAGGAUCUACCAAAGACGCCCCACAACCACCCCGAGAAUUCCUCGUCGCAGUCCUCAAAUCCUGUGUUCUCGCUAUCGCCAAGAGCUGCUCAUUGAUCUGGAGCGAGAUGCGAAAGGGCCAAGUCUACGAGGAAGAAGAUUUCAUGACCAACAAGUUUGGCGUCUCGAUGUUUGAGGAUAUCCCGACGGCUUCUUUGAUUGCAAUGUUGGAUCAGGCCGAGUACUGGAUGGAGGCUGAAGGCACACAGUGGAUUUGGGAUCAUUGCGGAGAUGAUGCUGGCGAAGUUCUCAAGGGUGUCAUGGAGCGUAUUGAUUACUGCAGGGUAAGCAUCUUCACAUUUCUCGAUCCAAGUUUGCAAACACCGCUUUUUUUCACCCGUAUUUUUGUUGUGUCCAGUCUACUGCUUUAA